UGUUUACAGAAUGAGAACUCGUUUCAAUGGCUUCUUACAGAGAAAAUAGGUAGAGAUGUAGUAUUGCAGCGGAUUUAGUUUAGUUUGAAAAUUAUACUCGAAUGGAUUGCAGUACCUAAGUUGUACUACAAAGUCCGACUGGACUAUCUUACUCUAUCUUCGAACGGUUGCCUGAGUCAAGGAAAGCCACAAGAACAACAACGAGAGAUGCUACAUUGGCUAAGGAGCUGGAAGUGGAGAAGAAGCGUAAUGCGUCGUUGGUCGAAAAGCUGAGAAAGGCCAAAUCCGAUAACAAGCGACUGGAAAAAUCUAUGGGUGAAGGUAGUUUCGUUCGCCUUCAUUCCACUAUGAGAGAGGACAACAUCGGAAAUGAACACAACUCAGUGCUCAUGUCUUCAAUGAGCAACCUAUCGUUUGCAUCCCUAAAUGUCCCAGAGUGCAAACCUGUCGAUGGGGAGGAAGAUAUUGACCGCAAAUCUUUCGAGCAGUGGUUACAUAUGCUGGAAGCAUCAAUGCAGUUGGCUGGCGUAAUGGAUGAGGUCACAAAAAUGAAUAUUUUUACGAUCAAGGCAGGAGCAAAAUUGCUAGACGUCUUGGAAGGUACAGUCUCCCAGCCUUCGUUUCCGAAUGUGGACACUUUCCCAUAUGCGAAUGCAAUUCAUCGACUGAAUGCAUUUUUUGGGUCGCGUGAUUACAUUUUCAUGCAGAGGCAGAAAUUGAGGUCACUGACGCAGAGCGUAGGAGAGACUGACGUGAAAUACGUAAAGCGCGUUAUUGCAGUAGCGAAACUAUGUGACUACAGCGAGGGUAGAUUGGUGGAACCAGUGGCCGAAACAAUUCAACUGCACGCACUGAACCGUAAGGUCCGGGAGACAGGAAGGAAAAUACUUCGAAAGGGAGGCUCUAUUGCGGAUCUGCUUGACAAAGUGCGUACUGUGGAGAUAGAUCAAUUGAAUGAAGAUCUGUUCGCUAAAAAUCAUCGCCCAACUGAGACCCCGGCGGUGGCAGCAGUAUCUUCUUCGGUGGCAAGAUUCCACGACAGCAAAAACAUCGGAUACGGAAACGCGGGUAACAUCGGAUACGGUAACGCGAGAAACAGUGGAUAUGGAAAUGGAGGACCUCGACAGUGUGCAUUAAAAUUACGGAGUGAAAAUUAUAUCUAGCUUAAAUAUCUUGAUGUUCUGAAUGUAUAGAAAGUUUGUGUUUUCGGCAAAAGUGUGUAAUACUUCAAGAACU